AUGGAGUCUCACAGUCUGGAGACGGAAGGGGAGAUCCUUCACAAGUCGCCGAUGAUCCACGGGAAGGAGCAGCUCCGGCACGGACACAAACCCCCGAUUCUCCUGCCAGUGUCCACAAGCAAUCACUCUCCAGAGACAUCACUAUCUCCUAUUGACACCUUGAAUUCUCUGUCCAACUUUGAAGCUGAAAUGGACCAUGAUGGACAGGGGACUUAUUCUCUUUUCCCGGCACUGGAUAAUGUGACGAUUUUGUCAGGAACCAGUGAAGCACUGGAAAGUGAACCAACAGCCGAUGUAAAUGACAAACCAAACAUGACGUGGUUGGAUGCUGCACAGAUUGUUCUGGAAGAGGCUGGGAGGCCGCUGCACAUUAAAGAAAUCAAGCAGAGGAUACUGGACCGAGGACUUGUGCAGUCAAAUUCCAAAUCUAGCUUGGAAGCAGUUCUGUAUCGAGAGACUCAAAAAGGAAGCAGGCGUUUCAAGAGACUUGAGAACAGGAAUGGGGUCUUCGGUUUGUUGACGGAGAAAGAACGACAGCAGCUACUCCAGACAUACCCUGCACAGCCUUUCCUUGUGCCGGCGACUCAUCCACCUGAGUAUCCUAAUCCUCAGUUAAUGGACCAUCUCUCCAACUUUCCCUCCCCCUCCAUCUUCCAGGAAUCAAAACCCAAAUUGAAAAAAGUUUUGAAGAAGACUCUGAAUGAGAAGUACAGAAUUAAAUACCUUCGGUUGCGAAAGACUGUAAAAACUCUGAUCUUUGAGAAUGCAGCUCUCUGCGAUGAAAUUGCUUAUAUAGAGCAGAAAUUCAUCCGGACUAAGGAAGAACGACGGUUCCUAUUGAAGCGGCUAUUGCAGCAUCAGAACUUAACUGAUGGGACUGACCUUGCAGGACCGACCAGUACUCUGCUUACUCCUCCUAUGUUCAAUGUCCCUGGAGGAUCCAACCAAGUGCCAGGAGUCUCAAACCUUCCUACAACACCUGUUACCAGUACUUCAGUUGGAGAGGAGGCAGUGGGGAAAAAAUCAAAGAAAGACAAAAAAGACAAAGGAAAAGAUAAUGGCAAAGAUGAUGGUCUGAAAAAUGUAUCAAAGAAGAAACGAAGUAGGGACAGGAGCACCCGAAAACUGAUUCGACCAAUCCUUCUGGACUCUGGCCAGCCAUUCUUUUCCAUAGUACUUCAAGGACUGACUAUUUACAGUUUUAGGAAAAUCAUCACAGAUCGUUCAGGCUUUUAUGAUAAGACUGUGAUCUAUCCUGUGGGGUUUUGCAGCACCCGGGUCUAUGCCAGCAUGAAGAACCCUGACCACAAGUGCCUGUACACCUGUCAAAUCAAAGACGAUGGGAGUGGACCACAGUUUCAGAUUGCUCCUGAAGUCGACCCCAAUGCACUCGUCACCACCUCUGCUUCAGCCUGUCACACCUGCUUGUUGGAAGUGAUUGCCAAAGCUCGAGGAAAGCCAUUCAGCAAUGUAGUGCCAUCUGGAGCUGAUUUCUUUGGCUUUUCCCACCCCCACCAUUCAGAAUGUGAUUCAGACCUGCCCUGUGCCAGGAAGUGUAUCUGCAUUGCAGGUUCUGAGGUGACUGACCCAAAAGUCCAGUACUGGAUCUGCACAUCCUGCUGCAGUUUGGUCAAGGCGGCAUUGGCUGAAGCAGAAAUGGUCAUUGCUGACAUUCAUGUGGAGUGA